GGGAGUUCUGCAGGGUCAAAAAUACACCAGGAGCUGCAAAUCAGAAAAGUCGGCAGACCUGCGCAGCCCUCUCUAACAAGCACAGUUUGGGGGUUGUUGUUUUUUUUUUUUUUUUUUUCCUUUCCUUUUUUUUUUUGGGUGAUUUGACCGUGGUCUCGUUGCAGAGAUGACCACAGCUGUGGUGUCGCCUUUCUUCGACUUCGAAAUCAUGAACAAGAACAACAAACUGCUCAGCUACAACAACAACCUGGGUGCUCCCCAUCCCAUGUCUGUCCCUUGCACUGGCACCAAUGUGCCCAUCUCCAGCCCCACCGGAGCCCUGCUGGACAGGAAAGCGGUGGGAUCUCCCUCAGUGGGAGGCGUGUACCAGCGGCGGCACUCUGUCAGCAGCACAAAGUUCAGCCAGAACCAGUACCUGAACAGCCUGAAGGCAGCGGACCACUCCUCACUCAUCUCAGGGGUUGGCAAUGCCAGCAACAACAAGGAGAACCGCCUGCGAGACCGCUCCUUCUCUGAGACGGGUGAGAGGCUGCUCAACAAAUGCCUGGGUCCUGCCAGUCCCACCAGCGGCAGCCAAGUGAACUCCAGCCGUUACAAGACGGAGCUUUGCAGGCCCUUUGAGGAGAACGGUUCCUGCAAGUAUGGCGACAAAUGCCAGUUUGCUCAUGGAAUCCAUGAACUGCGCAGCCUGAGCCGCCAUCCCAAAUACAAAACUGAGCUGUGCCGCACCUUCCACACCAUCGGGUUCUGUCCUUACGGGCCUCGCUGUCAUUUCAUCCACAAUGCUGAGGAGCGCCGUGGACCUCCCCAGCAGUCCUCCCCUCUAAACUCCUCCAACAAGAUGGAGAGGCCUCGGCUGCAACACAGCUACAGCUUCGCAGGCUUCUCCAGCUCAGCCGGGCUGAGAGACAGCCCCACCUCAGUCACCCCUCCACCCAUGUUCUUCCCUGAUGAGGUCCCAGACUGGCCCAGCAGUAACCCCUUCACCUACUCCAGACAGGAGCUGGCCAACCUGUUUGGGUCCAGCUUCGGUGGUGGUCCUGUAGGCACAGAGCCCAACACCCCUGCACCUCCCUCUCCAACAAGCACGCCUUACUUUUUCAGACCCAUGUUGGAGUCCCCUCAGAUGUUCGAGUCUCCAGCCAGCCCUCCAGACUCACUGUCAGACCAAGAGGGCUACCAGAGCAGCUCUGGAGGCAGCCUGAGUGGCUCUGAGUCCCCCACGCCGGACACCACCCGCCGCCUUCCCAUCUUCAGCCGCCUCUCCAUCUCUGACGAUUAGACUGCAGGCAUCCACCAGAGACUUUAAGUUCGAUGACACAAAGAGAACACGGCACUCCCCUCUACCUCUGACCCGUUCCUUAGCUUCCAUGUCUUCCCUUAUGCAACACACCUUGUUAAUUGCUUGCUAGCAUUGUGAGGAUGUAGUCAAUUAAGGGAACUAUCGAAUCAGAUGAUCAUUUCAUCCCUGUUAAUCUGCACAGAGAGUUUCCUAAAAGUACCCUGCCAUGUGUCAUAGUGCCAAAAAGGAGAGGAAAUUGAACAAUGUAAAUCAUGAGAACAAGAAUUGACUUUCGCCAGGUGCCACUUGUUUUUUUUUUCUUCUUCAUUUGAUCUUGAAUGUGUAGCAGCACAAGUGGCCUUGGAAAGGGGAGUGCAUUGCACUAGCCCUCAAACCCCCCUCCCUCUCUUUCUCUCCCUUCCUCCAUCCCCUCCCUCCCCCCUUAAUGAUACCACUUCCCCUGAGCUAGCUAGAGGGUGCUCACUAAUGUAACUGUAGAUCUACCCCAGCCGUUUUUACAGACUGAGUUGAGAGAGAGAAAAGGAAAAAAAAAAAAUAUACAGACCCUGAAAUGAUAUGAAAAUAGUUUUUAAAAAAAGAAAAGAAGAAAAAAAAGUGCCUGGGGCGGUGUCUGCAUGUGUUUAAGGGUGAAUGGACUACUGUUUGUUUUUCGGUUCUUUCUCAUUUACCCCCCUCCAACACCCCUGUCACGGUUCUUCUCAAGUCCCGUCUUAUGUAAUUGUGGACUGGGUGAGUCUGCAGGAAGGACUUUGAACUGGAAGUUGGUUGUGUCCCUCCCCCUCAUGAGUGUUUCUCCUCCUGUUGCUGGUCACUGGCUCUUUUUUUUUUUUUUUUUUUUGGGAAGGAAGUCUUGAUAUCAAACUUACCAUUAAACCUGUAAGACUUUGUCCUGCCUCUCAACUCUACCCCACCCCACCCCCUCCUCCCCAACACCCUUCCCACCUCCUCUUAAUCCUCGCCGAUCUGGGGAAUUCCAGCAUUCCCAUGGUGCAGUUGUACAUCCUGCGACUUGACAAGAUCGGAUCUCCAAGCUAUUUUACUUUACUUCUCCCCCACUUUAGUACCUGCUCCGAGGAGCUCUCCGUACUCAUUACAUCCCUUUUUUUUUGCUUUCUUUAUUUGAUAAUUAUUUUUUAUUAAUGUUAUUAUUAUGGUUAUUAUUAUUAUUGUUUGAAAACUUUCCUGACAGAAGGUUUUGCUUGUCACUGCUAUUUAACUUAUCAGAACAUAUUUAUUGGUGAUCAUAUGCAUUUUUUGUUAAUUUUGUUUUGUAUUUAUCAGGAUAAUGAACAAUAGAAUAUAUUUUCUUUUAUGUUAAAUUAUGAUCUUCCAUAUUAAUCUAAAGAUUGUGAAGACAUUUUUUUGUCAGUUUUCCUUUUUUCACAGUUUAAUAUAUUGUUCUUCAAUGACUUGUUCUGCAACUACACUUUGUCAAAAUGAAACUUAAUUUAAAGCAAAAAAAAAUGCAAAAAAAGAUGUUUUGCGUUUUGAUUAUUUAUUGUACUUUUUUUCUUACUCCCUCUUAUUGGACUGCAAUUCCAUCAAAACUAGAUUUGCUUGUAUUCAUUCCUGAUAUCCCUCCCCUCAUACUUUUACAAUAAUCUGACAGUAACAGUAGCUAACUGUUAUCACGUUGAUUCAGCUCCUUUUUUCUUUUCUCUAUUUUGUCCCAACUAUACAGAAUAGUAUUUUCACAGUACUCGGGUUGAUGGUAGAAGUAAAGAGGUGCCUUUUUUUAUUUAUCAAAAGACCUCUCACAUGACUGGUUUAGGAGUUAGAAGACUAAGGUUAUUUUUGAAAUGUCUUCAUCAGUAAUGUUCUUACACCCAGUCUGUUCUUGCAACCAAUAGCUGUGACCAAAUGGGUUGAGGAAAGUUACGUUUUCUACUCUCAUUACUAUUAUUUUUAAAAAUAAAAUUGAUUUGGAUGCUUGAUGCACUUGCUUGGGCCCCCCCCCCCCCACCCCUUCUCUCUUGACCAUCAGAAGUGCCUCGUUGAAUACAUUCCAGGUAGCUAAGGCUUCUCUUGCCUUUUAUAUUUGAUAAUGGAGGACAAUGAAUAUUUUUAAGUCACAUGUUCUGUGUUGCCUUCACGUUUGUUUGAAGAGGUGAGCAGAUUUUGACACAAAGAAAGUAAAAAACUGUUGAAUGUAUUUUUGGGUUUUUCUCAGCCAUGUUUUUUUUGUUUUCACUACAGUAAUUUCUGUGAGUUUAUAUGAAAACCUGUUUUUUCCCUCUUUUUUUGUAAGUAUUGAUUGCAGUUAAGUCAAUAAACCCCGUAUUUUUGGAAAAGUUAUAA